AUGAGGACAGGAUGCUUCAGAUCAGCGGAGAGAGGAACGUACAGAAGGUUUCAGCUCUCGGAGAAUGCGAAGGUAGACGAGAUUAAGGCUGCAAUGGAGAAUGGGGUUCUGAGCGUCACUGUUCCCAAGGCAGAGGUGAAAAAGGCCGAUGUUAAAGCCAUUGAAAUUAAUUGA